AGCCAAUCAAGCUGCAGGACCCGCUAUAAAGCAGGAGCCCAUUCUCUGUUUUGGGAAGAUCAGGAGUAAACGCAAUCAUAAACAGUAUUUACCUGUCUGCUCCUGGGUAGCCACCUUCCUUGUCUUCUUUGCCCUGCGGGAUCAAGGUUGUGAGGAGGAAAACAAAAAAGCUAGCCGUCAUGGCGUUAAUGAUCCUGCCACUCAUCGGAUCAGUGUCCGUAUCCGAAGGUCUGCUGGCCUUGACCACCCUGUGCCUGGUCUACCUGAUGAUCAAGAUGUUCCACACUCAGAUUCCUGAGGGUCUCCAAAAGCUCCCCGGUCCCAAAGCCAUCCCCAUCAUUGGAAACGUGCUGGAGGUGGGCAGCAGACCGUACCUGAGUCUCUCCUCCAUGUGCAAGCGCUACGGCCCGGUGUUCCAGAUCCAGAUUGGCAUGCGGCCCGUCGUGGUGCUGAGUGGCCUUGAAACCUUGCGACAAGCUCUCAUCAAGCAGGGAGAGGACUUUGCAGGCAGACCUGACCUGUACAGCUUUCAGUUCAUCAGCGACGGCAAGAGUCUGGCGUUCAGCACCGACCAGGCAGGCGUCUGGAGAGCCCGCAGGAAGCUGGCCUACAAUGCCCUGCGCUCCUUCUCCACGCUGAACAGCACCACUCCAGAAUUCUCCUGCAUGCUGGAGGAGCACGUCACCAAGGAGGCACAGUACCUCAUCAAGCAGCUGGACGGCGUCAUGCAGAAAGAAGGCACCUUCGACCCCUACCGCCACAUCGUCGUCUCGGUCGCCAACGUCAUCUGCGGCAUGUGCUUCGGCCGCCGCUACGACCACAACGACCAGGAGCUGCUCAGCUUGGUGAACCUCAGCGAUGAGUUUGGUGCGGUGGCAGGCAGCGGGAACCCGGCCGACUUCAUUCCUGCUCUCCGGUAUUUACCGAGCACCACCAUGAAGAAGUUCCUCUCCAUCAAUGACCGUUUCAACACUUUUGUGCGAAAGAUUGUCAUCGAUCACUACAAUACGUUUGACAAGGACAACAUCCGUGACAUCACCGACUCGCUCAUCGAUCACUGCGAAGACAGAAAGCUGGACGAGAACUCCAACAUCCAGAUGUCAGAUGAGAAGAUCGUCUGCAUUGUUAAUGACCUGUUUGGAGCCGGCUUCGACACCAUCUCCACCGGCCUGUCCUGGGCUAUGAUGUAUUUGGUGUCCUAUCCGGAUAUACAAGAAAGACUCUAUGAAGAAAUCCGGGGAGUAGUGGGUACGGAGCGGCUUCCACGCAUUGCCGAUAGAGCCCACUUACCUUACCUGGAGGCCUUCAUCCUGGAGCUCUUCCGUCACUCCGGAUACAUGCCCUUCACGAUCCCCCACUGCACAACAAAAGACACGUCUCUGAACGGCUACUUUAUCCCAAAAGACACUUGCGUUUUCAUCAAUCAGUGGCAAACCAACCACGAUCCUGAAGUUUGGAAGGAUCCAUCCUCCUUUAAUCCCGACCGCUUCCUGAGCGCUGACGGCACAGAGCUCAACAAGCUCGAGGGGGAGAAGGUUUUGAUCUUCGGCAUGGGAAAGCGGCGCUGCAUAGGCGAGGUCAUUGCCCGAAAUGAAGUCUUCCUUUUCUUGGCCAUCUUCAUCCACAGCAUGCAAUUCCACUGCCCGCCUGGGAAGUCACUGGACAUGACCCCGAUAUAUGGUCUGACGAUGAGGAGCAAGCGCUGCCACCUAACAGCCACUUUAAGAGCCCAGAAUGUGCAGUGAAGCUGUUUACCAUUUGUCUGAGUCACUCACUGGUAUUAAAUGACUCAAACCAUGCAUGAGUCAGAGAGCUGGUGAGUCAUUCCAUUUGCUCAGAAUGUAUGGCAUGGGAUGUCAAGCUUAAUCCAUACAAUAUAAGGCCUUUUCUCUUGAAUGUGGAUGUUGACAGAGAAGUAUUUUGAGGCGAUGCCUCAGAUUCGGGGUCUAAGAGCUACCGCUCCACACGGAGCCUUUCAGUGAAGUAAAACAAGUCUCUUUUGCGUCUCCCAGAGUUUAGUCUGCUGAUUGAAACUGCUCUGAUUCAGAAGUUGCUCAUAUGCUGCAGAUAUUCUUUUCAAUUUAUAAGCUUUACUAUUUAUCUGUGUUCCAUCUUCAUAUUGCUAUAAUUUCUUAGGUUUAACAAUAUGGUUGCAUACACACUUUAUAUUAAGUCAAUCCAAAUGUGGAUGUAAGACACUGAAGCUAUAUUUGUAUCCCAAAAUGUGAUUUUAUAUGUAUAUCGUUGUUGUCAUUUUUUUAAAUGGAAUUACCAUGUGCCUACUGUUUGUAUGUAUAUAUUUGAAGUGACAAUUGUAUUUGUCCAUUUGAAUGAUUUAACUUGAUGGAUGGUUCUGGAGUGGAUGCUCCAGUGGUCCAAGCAAUUUUGUAUUUUUUUUAAAUGUAUCAAUGAAAGUUUCUAUGGGAAUAUGAUCGAAGCAAUGACAAACAAAUUAAAUAAAACAACUUAA